CCCCGAGCGCCUCCAGCCGCGCGCCUGCUUGCUGGCUGGGAGCGCUUUCGCCGGCGGCCGCGGCGCUCGGCGCUGCGGGAAGGAACAAGAAGAGUAUGGUGCAACGAUAUGGAAACACCUGAUAUCCCAACAAAGGAAGCUGCAAAGGCAUGCUCGUGAUGAUAAAUGAGGACGACCAGUCAAAGUAUUUUUUCAGACACCCACAUGGCAAGUGAAUUAUGGAUUGCUGCUUCUCUGCCCAGAUGACACGCCUGGAUAAAACCAGGAUUCUUCAGCUGACCUUUCAUAAACUGUAAUCACUAAGAGAGUCACAAAAUGAAAACCCACUGUGGUGAUUCAACAACAACAACAAAAGAACGGAGCUAAAACUCAAGAUUCUAAAGUUUCAUUUUCAGUCUGUCUCAGAUUUGCUGGCUUUAUAGACAGCAGAAACGUCAUGGAAUGAAGUGUGAAUGAGCCCGGUUUGUUGGAUAUACCUUGAUAACGCAAAUUUGAAGCGAGUGAACUGUAAGCAAAAUCCCUGCUGUAGCUCUAGGACUUUCCUGUACAUUUAAUUAAACCAUUGCCACAUUGACAUCGAGGCUAAUUCAUGAAGACCUUCACAGCAGAUAGAUAGCCAUAAAACGUUAACGUUUAUGAAGGUUCAAAAGUUCAGUACAGAGUACACCCCGAGUUUGACACACCCCUCUUCACAGGAAAGGAGUGUGGCAAGGGCAAAAGGGGACCUGCCUGUGAGCAAAAAGGAAAAAAAAAAGGUGUGGAAACAGAAGUGAAAUAUGGUCACGUGCCAGGAAAAAACGUGUGUAGCCAGAAACUAGAGUAACAAUUAACCUUGAACAGCCCAAACCAGGGUGCUUAUGUUCUACUGCUGAAUGGGAAAGGGGGUGGGGGGCGGCAGCUAAGAAAACCCCCUGCCAUGGAGAACCCUGUGGCUCCCUGCGUCCUUUACUCCGGUGACCCCGUCAGUGGGUCAAAGCCAGGGGGUGGCUUUGCUAAUGGGAUGUGCAGAGAAGCCGGGGGCCCAGGAGACGCUCUGGCCACUUCUGGAGAAGGGAGCCUACGGCAGCCUGACACGGACGAGGAGGACCAGAGGGCGGGUGUCAACGGGAAAGAGGGCACCGAGUCCCUGGCGCAGACGCCCUGCAGUUUCAGCUCUUCCCUGUGUUUCAGCUCCGGGGAGGACUCUCCACCGCAGUCUUGUGCAACCCCAGCUUCCGCUGCGGAGGACGCGGCCACCUCCCCACCUUUGUCGCUGCGCGGAAGCCGGGUGGUAAAGAGUCAGUGGGAAGUCUACAGCUCCGCUGCCGCGUCGGAGGAGCCCGCGCAGGAGGAGGCGGUGCCGAGGCAGCCGGGGGAGAGCUUCCCGCCGCCGCAGCCUCCGCCCGUCCCUCGCUGCGUCCAGCCCGGAGAGCAGCCCGGGGCCGCGCCGCCGCGGGGCCGCGCCGGGGCGGGGGACGAGGGGGACGGGGCCGGCGGGCCGGCGGCGGAGCCCGACCUGGUGAUCGAGGUGGCCGGCCGCCGCAUCCGGGCGCACAAAGCCGUGCUGGCCGCCCAGAGCGACUACUUUCGGGCGCGCUUGUCGCGAGAGAUCCUGCGCAUCAAGGGGGUGAGCUACGCGGCGCUGCGGGUGCUGGUGGACUAUCUGUACACGGGGCGCAUGGGCGACGUGCGGCAGGACAACGUCGCCGAGGUGGUGGCCGGGGCGCGCUUCCUGCAGAUGCCCUGCGCCGUGCAGUGCGCCAUGGACGCCAUGAGGACGCAGAUCACCCUGGCCAACUGCUACCAGGUGCUGAGCCUGGCCAAACAGCAGCGGCUUGCCGAGCUCCGGGAGGCCGCUUACCGCUUCAUGAGCGACCACUACCUGGAGGUGCUGCGCGAGCCGGCCGUCUACGGCCGCCUGACGGGCGCCGAGAGAGACCUCGUCCUGCAGAGGCGGCUGCAGGGCGGCCGCGGCUGCCUCCUGGCGGCCGAGGUCAACGACGUCUUCGAGCGCGUGGGGAGCCGGCCGCAGAGCCGCGAGAGCAGCCGGCCCCAGAGCCCCUCGGCCGUGGCCGUGGCCGCCGCCGCCCCCGCGCAGUCUCCCGGGGAGCCGCCGUCCACGCCGCCGCCAGCCGCCCGAGCCCUCUCCGAGGACGAGGACGGCCACAGCGAUUCUGUCAUCUACUACUACCAGGAAGCCGAUCGGGAGUGGCGGGUCCUGACCCGGCUGCCCGAGGGCGCCAACGCCAAGGGCUGUGCCAUGUGCGUGCUCUACAACUACCUCUUCCUGGCGGGGGGCAUCCUGCAGGAGGGGCCCGAGGGGCGCGCCCGCCUCUCCGACAAAGUGUUCUGCUACAACCCGGUGACUGACAGCUGGAGCACCGUGCGACCCCUGGGCCAAGCGCGCUCGCAGCUGAAGCUGCUGGCCCUAGACGGCUACCUGUACGCCGUGGGCGGCGAGUGCCUGUUCAGCGUGGAGCGCUACGACCCGCGCAGCGACCGCUGGACUGCCGUGGCCCCACUGCCCAAGGGCGCCUUCGCCGUGGCCCACGAAGCCACCACCUGCAACGGGGAGAUUUACGUGUCUGGAGGGUCGCUCUUCUACAGGCUGCUCAAGUACGACCCCCGGCGCGACGAGUGGCAGGAGUGCCCUUGCAAUAGUAGCCGCAAGCGGUCAGCCGACAUGGUGGCCCUCAAGGGCUUCAUCUACCGCUUCGACCUUUGCGGGGGACGCGGCGAUCUCCAGGCUGUAGCUGGCACGAGUGGAGGGGUCAACGUCUUUCGGUACCACUGCCUGGCCAAGCAGUGGAGUCAGUGUGCUUCGAACCUGCGGCCUCCUGGUGGACUCUCAGGCCAACAGCCCUUCCGCUGUGCGGCCCUAAACGGCACUAUCUACUGCGUGAACCGUGCGGGUACCUGGCGCUUCGUCCUCUCCCAGGAGGUUGAGCCUGGUGAGGACGGGGGCCAGAGAGGCAACUUCGAGCCAGAGUUGCUCAAAGCCCCCUUUGACGCUCGAGGGGUGCUUUUCCCGUUUGUGCUAACCUUGCCUGACAAGCCGGACAAAGGAGAGCAGGGGACUGUGUAAGGAGCGCAGAGGUCUAUUAAGACUAUGGACACCAACAACCCUCCUGGGCUGAGAUCCCAAAAGGGGAGAAAGGGAGGGGGUGGGUUGGGCUCCUGGCAAUGCUGGGUCUCUUAAACGCCUAACUUUUUAAGUUUGCCCUUGGGCUUUGAAGACAUUUUUUGCAGUACCGUUAAAAAGUUGGCUUCCCUAUUCUGCAUCUCCCUUUGCUUCACUUUACUGAAUGGGGCCGAUGACACAAGAUAGAGGAUGUGUUCAAAUUAGAGAACCUUCCAAGCAAGACAAGAUUCCUAAGGGAGAAGGCAAUGUAAUAAUAAUAAUUAUUUUUUUAAAAGCUCCAGUACAGUGUGGGGGGUCAAGAAUGCACCCUGUAUGGGUUCUGAAGAGUAUUGUUGCUUACCAAAGGGACCCUCACCCUGGUGGUGGUGCAGUGGUUAAAGCAUUUGCCAACAUAAAGUUCUGCAACCCACCAGCCUCUUGGCCCAAAAGGUAUGGUAGGAAAAAUUUACAGCUUUGGAAACCACCCCAGUGGGGGCAGUUGUGCCCUAUCGUUUCAGAAUCGACUCCACCGCAAUGGGGUUUACACUGAUUUAGAAUCUCCUGUGCACACGUGGGGAUUACGGAAAUAGGACUCAAGUGUGCCCAAAAGAGCUGUUAGAACCCCUGAAAGAAGGUCACACCCCUUUUCUCUUUUUUGGCUUGAGGUUUAAAAUUAUAACUGUUAAGUAAAGCUCCUAAGGCCUUUUUAACUUAAGCUAAACAUUUCUGCCACUGCUGUUUACGUUUUGGUUGGGCCAACUCCACAGGAGCAGUGUAAUAAACCUGAAAGGUCAAACCUCAUCACUAAUAGGAUUCCUUGUCUUAUAAGCUUUGCAAGUUUUUCCUGUCAGAUAUGAUGCCUUAGAUGCAGGCGCACACAGCACACUUCAAGAACAGUUUCAUCUCACCCAUUAACUGAGAUGGUAGUAAUGUUUAAGUUAAAAGAGGGGAAUGAUGGUGAUGAUUUACUAUUAUUUGGAUUUUAAGUGCUUGGUGAGUAAACAGUAUAGAAAAGCUUCUCUCCAGCAGAAAAACAUUCCUGACAGGAGUGAUUGCUUAUUUUAAAAGGACCCUUUGGUAGCCUCCUGAACUAAUUAACUUAUCAUAAUGGGCUGAAAUCUUCCUCAAAACAAAAAGGGUAAAAUUGUGUCUUUGACAGUUCUAAAAUUAAAUGUGCAGCAAACUUCUCAAUCCAUUUUUGAGCCUACCACUUAGGGUUUUAAAUAUGUAUUAUGUAAUUCUAAUGAAUAUUUUCCAAGCAACAUUCUGAAAAUGUGGCAGAAUUGUUAGGUCUCUCUCGGGGGAGAAAUAUAUCUCGGUCUUUGGCUUCAAGUGAGAAAGAAUGAACGCUGAAGCCUGGUUUGUGAUCCAAGUGAGUUUUAUAAAGGUUAGAAGCAGCUUUGGGUUUUACAGUACAAUGGAACACAGCCAGACAGAGUCGGAGGCAUGGUUGUGGGGGACCUCGACCCAGUCUUGCUGGGCUCUGCAGCCUGGCCACGCUGAACCGUGUGUGGGAGCCCCUGCUAGAGAGGGCCAGAGUGAAAACUUCGGGCUUUUUCCCAUCGUAGUUCCGCCCCUACUCCCCCAUCCUUUGGGAGGCGGAGUGGUCCAGCGUACUGGUUAACCCCAUUGGCUGAAUUAAGCCCACCUGGCUGGAUGGGGUCCCACCCGAGUUUACCGGCUUCCAGUCUCAGAGACCUGAAUGUGUGCAUGCCCUCCAGCCUUCAGCAGCUUCUGAUUUCCUGUAAUGGGGGAGGGAGGCUUUGGCAUGUAGAGGACAACCCUUAAUUCUGCCUCUAGCUACCUAACAAUGGACAGAAUGACAGUGGAUAUAGUAGCAUAAAGGAAGUUGCAUACUUUAAUGUGAUUUCAUACACAAGCUAAAUUAACACAAAACUCAUUAUUUUGCCAGUUUUAAGUUUAAAAAACAAGUUCCUUGAUAAUAGUUUUAUUUGUUACAGUAUUUUACUUUGCAUAUAUGUGCUGAGAGGACUUGCUAUAUAUAUAUUAAGUAUGAAUAUGUGCUCACAAACAAACAAAUUGAUUUGGAUUCUGAAUCUAAUACCUUUUCUUAUAUUAGGAAAUACACAUUUAAAGCUACUGGAACAUAAUUGGAUAAAGUCCUGCAUACUUUCAUAAUUUGCUAGUUAAUCCAGUGAUUGGAGUGGUCAUCUUUGUAGAAAUCAGUGGGUAAUUUGGAAAUAGAUUAUGCUUUUUGAGACUUCGUGCUUAUGAAAGGAUCAGCUUGAAUCUUAUGCAUGCCCCAAAGGAAUGGAAAUUAUGAUUUCAGUUAGAGUGUAUUUGGUGAUUUAUAUGCUUGCUAAGGAUUGCUCAAGAUCUAAGAGAGGCUAUCAUGGCAAUUUGGUUAGUAAUCUUAGGAAAAACAGACUUCACAUUGCCUGAAUAUAUUGGCCUUUUUAAGGGUAUACUGGAGAAAUUAUACUAGAUAAAAACACUUAUAGCAAAGGGAAAAAUAACACCCUUUUAAGAAAUGUGCAUUUCAUUCUAUAGUACCCUUUUCUCUAGAACUUUAUUAUUUACGGUAAAAUAUUCAUAUGAAAGAGAACCAGGCUAAUAUUUUCUUACUUUAAAUACCAGAUUUAUAAAGCACCAUUCACUGUGAUUUUACUUAAGACUUGGCUCUAUAAUUGAAAAAUAAAAAUUUUACUGUUUAAAAGUAAAAUGAUAAAAUUGACUUCUAAAGUAAAAUCACUCAUCAGAGGAUAUUAGAAGUGUCUUUCCAUGUCAGAUAUGGGUAACUUCAACAUGCACAGUUGAAGUUUUGUGUAUUGUUUUAUCAUUUCAGUCAAUGAAAGCAUAACAUUACUUCCUGUGGGAAUUGGCAGCAGAAUCCCAGGGUUUUCUUCUUAUCUUCUCAAAACAAAGGAUACCAGGAAACCUUAAGGAUAACCGAGCAGAAUUAGUGUCAGUCAUUAGUGAUGUCUAGCCAACCAAUUUUGAAAACAUUUAGAUAUUAUAUACUAUGGGCAUUUCCAAGUUGUAAGGUCAUCUUAAGCCAAGUGCCCGGAGGAGCUGAUAUGCCCUGAGGACCAGCUUAUUUUGAUUGGGGGCAGAGAGGGAGGCUUCAUAAGGAUUCAGUAGGUGCCACAAAUGAUUCCGAACUCACCUACUAGCUGAAAGGCUGUCAGGUUUAUAUUUGGCCAGGGGCACUUAAGCCAAUAGCCCUGGUGAUCUUCGUCUGCAGGUCACUGUCUUGUAAACGCUCCGAGCACAAUUCAACUGUGCACUCACAGUGCCAGUGAAUGGUUUUGACAGCAGUUAACAACAUUCUUGGGUGUGGAGCCCUAAGGGUGUGUGCUGAAAGGAGUUCAAAAUCCUUACUCUUCCUGAUCUUAGAUCUGGAGGACUGCUGAGUGGGAUUUGCCUGACCUUGCUGAGACUUAACUUUGGAGGUCGUACUCAGAGUAGGAUUCCCUCAUAUAAAAUGUGGUGUUCUAAUUCUGCCCGACACUAUUUUUCAACACAGUUCCUACUGCUGCCAACAAAUUUCCUGAUCAUCAAUCAGCUAAAAGAGUUAAAAGGGUAUCUGAUUCAUGAUAUUCAUCCAAAAUUCUCAUACAGUAAAGUAAGUCAUGCAUACUGACAUUUCCAAAUACUUGAAAGAACAGUUGUAUUUGGAGGGGAAGGUGGUAUACGUACAUGAAAACUUGAGUUGUUUGGUUAGUUGGCAACCACUGACUUGUGUGGUUAAGCAAGAUCCCUUUGGCACUCAAAGGAGCUAGUUUUAAGACUUCUUUUUUUUCUCUGUUUGCUCUUUGUCUUGAAAACCACUCCCAACUACUAACUUUGACUGUUGGCAGCUCUAAGGAGUUUGGACUUAAGAGUUUAGUGGUUGGUUUUCUGUGUCUAGAUUGACACCUGCUUCUUUUCCUUUAAGAAAAUGAAUGCUUUAGAAAUGUUCACUGGCUUUAGUUAUGCUUGCAGAUACUUACAUAGGAAAUGAAUCAUCUGCUCUAUUUCUGUUAACUCCUGAUAUCAGUUUAGCAAUUCUGGCAGCAAUCAUGUAUGCUGUUGGUAUUUUAUGUAACUUCCUGUAAAAUAUUUUUACACUGAAUGUUUUUUCAAGGUCCUUUUGCCUUUUCGUAAAGUCAAGGUAGAUUGAGGACAAAUCGACUUUAACAUCUGAUUAAGGUAAUGUAAACAAAAGUGCUCUUGUGUUCUGUCUUACUUUAGACGCUUUCCUAGUUUACAGUUUGAUUUUUGGUUUAAAAAAUAUCAAUUUCCUUAUUUCUCCCUUUCCUCUGCAAUCUCCCUAUUCUGAGGGGAUAAUGAUAGGAACAAACCAGGGAAAUGCACUCACAUUUCAGACGUGUCAGAGUUUAUGUCAGAAGCCACAUUCUCCUCUGCCUUCCCGAUCCUCCUCUGCUCCUCCAUCCUCAGAUGCAACCAAAUCGAAACUAUUUGGAGAAGGUGGAAGCAGCUAAGUGGUCAGCGCAAUCCCUCAAAGGCUAUUUCCAUAGUACGUGCAUUGCAUUGGGUAUAAGAAGUCAUCUAGAUACGAUUUAAAAUAAACAGGAGGAAGUACAUAGACUAUAUGCAAAUACACCGCAUUAUAGAGAAAGUGAUUUGGAUAUCUGAGGAUUUUAGUCUCGUCAGGGGACCUGGAACCAGUCCCUAAGAAUACUGGGGUUGGCUGUAUUGACCCUUUUCCCCUCCGUCUCCAGGAAUAAGCCCAGACCAUGUGGCAUUCAGCAUCCUUGCACAGGAACUAACAUUGGGCAAGUGCUUUGUACAUGCUUCACAUGCUGGAUUUAAGUUCAAUUGAAAAAAAAAAAAAAAGAUGUGAUAUAAUAUGAGGUCAAAUCAAAGCUUUUCAAUACUCUGAGUAGUACUCAAAUGUUGUCAUAUAGUUGAGCCAAUGUAUACCCGUUUAAGGCACACUUCAGGUCAGCUGGUGUUUUCUGUGAGGUUAAUGUAUUAACACUUCAGUUUUAUAAUCCUAAGCAUAAAUCCUGUAAAACCCUUUUACGUAUGUCAACUAUGCUGAGAUGAAAUAAAUAUGUGCAAAAUA